CUCAACACUAGGGGUGAUCCGACCCCGCCUCUGCCUCCCAGGGCUGGCUCGUGUCCCCCUUAUGGCAGGCACUGUCACACUGUCCAUUUCCCAGGGGAGUCCAGCACAGAAACCCACCCGAGGCCACAGCCAGAAAUAGAGUCAGAGUCAGGGCUAGGACCCCGAACCUCAUAACUGAACUACGGAUGAGCCCUCCGACAGAUAAUAAGCCCCAGGUUGGGGGAGCCUUGCAUCCCCAAGUCCCAGGCCAGGGCCUCUCCCCCAAGACAAAUCGGGAAGGCUGCCUCGUGGGGAAAGGACCCGGCGGGGGAAGAACCCAGGCAGGAGUGGGCGAGGGAGACUUCGGGGUAAGGGCGCGUUGCACGUGGGUCUGACGCCAGAGGCCCCGCGUCCAACUCAUCCCCAAGGGUUAAAAGGCCACGGAGGAAAAGCAAGCACUUCAGCCCUGAGGCGAUACGGACGUGACGUCGCCUCGCCUUAAAACAAGAUACUCCGCCCCAAAGAUGGGAAAGUGAACGGAAGCGGGAGGGGGAGGAAACACCUCCAACCGGAAGGAGGCCAGAAGAAGGCACUUCCGCCCUCCCUUAAGAUGGCGCCGGCGGAAGGGGCGGGGCGCCGCCGAGCGGAGAUGGCGGCGUCGAGGCUGGAGCUCAACCUGGUGCGGCUGCUGUGUCGCUGCGAGGCGAUGGCAGCGGAGAAGCGGGACCCGGACGAGUGGCGUCUGGAGAAGUACGUGGGGGCCCUGGAGGACAUGCUGCAGGCCCUGAAGGCCCACGCGAGCAAACCGGCCUCCGAGGUGAUCAACGAGUAUUCGCGCAAGGUGGACUUCCUGAAGGGGAUGCUGCGGGCAGAGAAGCUGACCUCCUCCUCCGAGAAGGCGCUUGCCAACCAGCUCCUGGCCCCCGGCCGCGUGCCGACCACGGCCAGGGAGCGGGUACCCGCCACCAGGACGGUGCACCUGCAGUCGCGGGCUCGGUACACCGGCGAGAUGCGUGGCGAGCUGCUGGGCACGGACUCUGCCAGAGAGCCUGCGCUGGGCGUGCGGAGGAGGACUGGAGCGGCAGGGUCCGGGCCAGCAGGUGAAAAGCAGUCGGCAGCUGAGUUAGACUUCGUCCUGCAACGGCACCAGGACCUCCAGGAAAAGCUGGCGGAGGAGAUGCUGGGCCUGGCCCGGAGCCUCAAGACCAACACGCUGGCGGCCCAGAGCGUCAUCAAGAAGGACAACCAGACCCUGUCGCACUCGCUGAAGAUGGCCGACCAGAGCCUGGAGAAGCUGAAGACGGAGUCCGAGCGCCUGGAGCAGCACACGCAGAAGUCGGUCAACUGGCUGCUCUGGGCCAUGCUCAUCGUCGUCUGCUUCAUCUUCAUCAGCAUGAUCCUGUUCAUCCGCAUCAUGCCCAAGCUCAAAUAAAGCCCCGCCCCGCCCGGC